CCGCGCCCAGUAGUACAUUUAGAAAAAAGAUGGCACAGUAAUAAUAAGAAUCAUGAAAAUUUCCGUCAAAACAUUUGGCAACUUCAGCCUCAUGUAUACGUGCUGCUGUCCCUGGCUUCUUCUUCUUCUGUAUAUCAAAGCAGCACAGAAAGGUGAGUUUCAACGAUGCAGGUGUGGGUCCUGUUCAUCUCCAUUAAUUAUUCUUGCACGCUAUAAAUCCACCCGGGUGCCCUCACCUCUUCUUUCACAAGCCACACUUUCCCUCCAUUUCAUAGCUAGCUCAUCGACCGAUCGAGUGGUGAACAUGUACCCUGCUGCUGAGAUCGCUAGCGUUCCAUACUUAUCUCCUGCGGCCUCUUUCAAGCCUCACUACCAUGUAGCUACCGACGACGACGGCGGCUUCCUCUACCAGCAGUACAGCAACCUUCUGCUGCCUCACCCUCCGUCCUACUACCAAGAAGUUGCUUACGACCAGCUGGUCCUUGAAGCCAGCUUCCCGGUUGGUGGUAACAACAGAUCCAAUUCGGAGUCAGACGAGUACCAACGCAGUGUCGCGGAAGAGCGCAGGAAGAGAAGGAUGGUAUCCAACAGGGAGUCCGCCCGACGGUCGCGCAUGAGAAAGCAGAAGCAGCUGAGCGAGCUCUGGGCGCAGGUCGUUCACCUCCGCAGCACCAACCGCCAACUCCUUGACCAGCUGAACCAUGCCAUCAGAGACUGCGACCGUGUCCUCCGUGAAAACUCCCAGCUGAGAGAUGAACAGACCAAAUUGCAGCAGCAGCUAGAGAUGCUCCCUGUAGAUACCACAGAGAGUGGUGCCAUGAGUCCUGGCUCUUGAAGUAUCUACUAGGAUUCCAAGUGUUAGAUGAGAUAAUAUGAGAUUUAAACUAGGAGGCUCCUUUCCUUCUAUCCGAGGCUUUCAAAUUUUUUUUUGUAUCUUUGUUCUAUGUUUGGUCUCAAUGCCAGUAUGUAGCAUCAUGUGGUAAAUGGUGAGUUAUCCGUUUCAUUUUAUCA